CGCCGGUCCCGCUGCCCGGAGAGCGCUAAUCUCCCUCCGGGGAGGCAGCGUUUAAAAGUUUCCGGUGAAAGCACGAGCCGGCUAUUUUCGUCGCUAAUCAUUAACCGCUCGUUAGAACGUCGCCGUUCGCGACGGCAGCGCCGAGCCCGGCGGGUCCCCGCGGAGCUGGACCGUUCCCGGCUCCCGAGGGAUGCCCCGGGGAGGGAGGCGGGGGAUCCGCGGGCGAGGAGCGCUGCUGGCGGGGCCCUUUGUUAUGCUAAUCCGGGCUGACAUCACGCCGCAUAUCAAAGCCGAGGGGCCCGCAUAUAAGGCGGCUCCGCGGGCCGCCCCGGCAGAGCAGCCCGGGCCCCGCCGCGCCCGCGCAGCCCCGCGGAGGUUGUUCAUCUCCAAGGAGGAACAACACCCAAACUAAAGGGAAAUACAUUGUGCAGAAAAUUAGGAAAACUCCUUUUUUUUUCCUCCUUCAGAGAAGCUGAUUUUCUUCAGGGACGGUGGAGAAAAUGAAGCCGAGUCCGCAAUUUUUCUUAGCUGGUUUUCUGUCUUUGAUUCUGCAAACAGGGAGUUGCUAUGGGAUAAAAUGGAUUGCUCUAUCCAAGACUCCUUCGGCUUUGGCCCUGAAUCAAACACAGCACUGCAAGCAGCUUGAAGGCUUGGUGGUUUCCCAGGUGCAGUUGUGCCGCAGCAACCUGGAGCUAAUGCAGACCAUCAUCCAGGCAGCACGGGAAGUGAUAAAGACCUGCCGUAAAACUUUCUCAGAUAUGCGGUGGAACUGCUCUUCCAUUGAGCUGGCUCCUAACUACCUGCUGGACUUAGAGAGAGGCACAAGGGAGUCAGCAUUUGUGUAUGCUCUUUCUGCUGCUGCCAUCAGCCACACCAUUGCCAGAGCCUGCACCACCGGGGACCUCCCUGGCUGUUCCUGUGGUCCCAUCCCAGGUGAGACACCUGGACCUGGGUAUCGAUGGGGAGGAUGUGCAGACAACCUCAACUAUGGUCUUAUCAUGGGGUCCAAAUUUUCAGAUGCUCCCAUGAAGAUGAAAAAAUCAGGAUCACAAGCCAAUAAACUGAUGCAUCUGCACAACAGUGAAGUAGGGAGACAGGUCUUGAAAGCCUCUCUUGAAAUGAAAUGUAAGUGCCAUGGAGUUUCUGGGUCAUGCUCUAUCAAGACCUGUUGGAAAGGCCUUCAAGAGCUGCAAGACAUUGCAUUGGACCUCAAAAACAAGUAUUUAUCAGCCACCAAAGUUGUUCACCGGCCCAUGGGUACACGCAAAUACCUCGUGCCAAAGGAUAUUGAUAUCAGGCCGGUUAAAGAGACAGAGCUGAUUUACCUGCAGAGCUCACCUGAUUUCUGCAUGAAGAAUGAGAAAGUGGGGUCGCAUGGAACCCAGGACAGGCAAUGCAACAAGACCUCUAAUGGGAGUGACAGCUGUGACUUGAUGUGUUGCGGCAGAGGCUACAACCCAUACAUGGACAAAGUGGUGGAACGAUGUCACUGCAAGUACCACUGGUGCUGUUACGUGACCUGUAAAAAGUGCGAGAGAACUGUCGAGAGAUAUGUUUGCAAGUGAAACCCCUCCUCUCUCUGCCCGGGAGCUGAGACGCCAGCGGCACCCCAGCACUAUUCAGAGAAGAGAAAACAUUUCCCUGACUAGACGUCAUUUAUCUUGUAAAGAUGCAGACUUGAAGAAAGAUGGUAGGAGGAAAAAAAGCAAUCACACAAGUAGAAAUAAGACCCUUAAAAAAAAAAUACCAACAACCCACAAACGUUUCCCCCAACCAAUAAAUGCUCUCUGAGAAGACAAAAUCUCAUUUGGGAUGGUAUCUUUUUCCAUAAGAUUUCCUGUGAUUGCUGAUGACACCCGGACAUCAAGUGCCUUAGUAUUUUGAGAAACAAAAGUAGAAGCUUUCCCUGGGGAAGAAAACCAACUGUUGUUUGAAAAUAACUAAGGCUCACAUCUGCCUGUCUUCUAGCACAGGUACUGAGUCUGUAUUAGGACCAUUCCAGAAGGGAAAAUGAUGCAACUUUCUGGCAAUAACUGCCCUUUUUUGCCAAACACUUAAUUUUUUAGCAUGGAAGCAUCAACUCCGGAUGAUAACAGUGGAAAGAUUUCAGGACAAUCCCCUGAAAUGAACAACUCAUUAUAACCUUUCUUUUAUACAGCUCUGCAACUUUGAAGCUGGAAAAACUGUCCGUAAUUUUUCUGCGCUAGAUGAGGUUUCACAUUCAGCUGUGCAAGAACCACCAUGAGAUCCCGGAGAUGGUGAAAGCAGGGGACCCUGAGAAGGACUGUAUGAGAUCCAUGGGAUCAUAGUGGAGCCAUUAGAAUAAAAUAACAAAGUAAAGUCAAAAUCCAGUGGUAAAAUAAAAAAAAAAAAACAGUUCCUGCUCUCUUUCUCUCUUGCCCUUUGAGUGUGAUGCCCUUAGUCACUGUUGUUCUGCCACGUUGGGCCAUCAAGUCAUUAGAGAAAUAUGGCACUGCCUCUUUCCCCCCCCUGCAAAACUAUUGGCCCAGCCCUAAGAGACUGCAGAACAGACCAGGUCAGGUGCCAGCUGUAGGGAGUGCAGCCAUGCAGGGCAAUAGCUGUUCCCGGCAGAAGGGGCUGGGAACGCAUCAGUCCUUCAUGCAGCCCUGCCCUGACGCAGCAGAGAACCACUAUCUGUGGCUGUACAUAUUUUCUUUUGUAUGCGGACAUACAGAAAUAUUUAUAAGAUAUAUCUCAUGCUUUCGCCUACUCUACUUCCUGCAUAAAUAUAUCUACGUAUUAUAAACAAGCAUUAACAAUAGUAUGAAAUAAAUGCUGAAGUUACUGGUGCAACAGCAAAAUGUUAUGUAUUAUUUUUCACUCUCCUACUUGGAAAGCAACCCUGCUUUCCCUCCCAAGGACAGGAGAAAAGCAUGGCUUGAGGCACUCACUGGUGUGGGAUAGAGAAGUUCCUUUAUUCCCUGUCUCCCCAGCCUCUUCAUUUAGAGCAGAAUUAGCCAAGAUGCAGUCAAGACAACAAAACAGAGCACUUGGAGAAAGGAAGAGUCACUGUUCUUGUUUUUCUUUUAAUAUCAGCAAUCAAUUUAAUCAGUAAAAAUUGCAGUGCCUCCAAGGACCUUAAUAGAAAAUGUGACUAAUAUCAAUCAUGAGUAGUUUGCUCCUGGCUCUUGCUGUUGCAGGAGUUGCUGUGAAGCAGAGAUUUUACCAUAGAUUAGGCUCCCUUUCUUUCUCUUUUGUUUUGCAAUGGGCAUCCAGCACUGUGACACUGUUAGGAAAGGUGAUACUGGAGGAGGAUACCUGCUCUAGGAGCAGAAGGCAGCAGAGCCUAUGAGGUCCUUCAGAUUGUUUUUGGGAACCUUGUUCCCUGACCAAAGUGCUGUAAGCAGACAGAAAAUCGCUCCUACACAAAUUGUGGAGGACAGUGGCACUUUCUUAGGGGGAAAUAUAUUCAUAAUAUCGCAGUCUUCCUCCACAUCUUUUUUUUUUUACCCACCCAGACACUUUCUGGGAGGCAACUGGCUCUGACAUGUCUCUCAGCACCCCAGGGGAGCUAGAGGAGAAACUGUUAUAGGCCAUAGGGAAAAAUUAGAGAAAUUUUGUACUCCUAAACUAUUUUGUUUUGCUUUAACAGGUUUGGCCUCCUUGCCUGCUUCCCUCCCCCAGCCACGAGUAAGCAAAAAGAGGCCUUUGGUAGUUUGUCAGUGGUUUGUGUUAUUGUCACCCCAUAAAAGCUUGUGGACUAAAACAUCUCUGCAGUGCAGUGUGAUGAGAGGUGGGUGUCUUCAGGCUGACAUGCAGACAGGCUGAUGGCACAAAUCCCACUGCUCUCCAAAGCCAAAAUUUUGCUUUGUUUGAUAAGUAAAGAAAUGGUCUACUUUCAUUCGUUUAAAGAACUCUAUUUUUAUUUAUAGUUUCUGAUGAAGCCAACAAGCCAGGGAUGUUCUGACCAAAGGAAAAUUUGAGCAUUUCAAUGCUAUUCUGUAAUGACUUUUUUUCUUGCUCCCUUGCUGAUGUCCUGAGUCUUUCUGCUUGGCAAAAAAAUAGUGAUAUGGAAGAAACGCUCUAUAUGUACAUUGUUUUCAGCUGCAUUUCACUUCUCCAGUGCAGACUCAUAUUCCUCAGCUGCUUUUCCCAUGUCAGAAGAAAUCAUAGCUUUGCAGAGCAUGAAGAGAUGGGAAUAAGCCUACCAGACAUCUGCAGGUUCCUUAGGUGGGAAAUGACCCCUCAGCAGAACUUUAGCCAUGGUGAACUUUUUUAGCCAUGAGAACUUUUCUCAUGGUAAGAGUCUGCCAUGGUGGUACCCAAUGUGUCUGCCUCUGCCCACAGCUGUCUGUCUGUUACUGAAGAUGCUGAACUGAAAUGUCUGCAAUGUCUGGAGGUUUGCAUUUUGGGGCAUCUAGGCUCAAAAUCUCUGCUGGCUUCUAGAUAAUCCAUCAUGAGCUUCAACUGAAUUUUUCUUCUCUGAGCUAAGAGUGUACACUGCCCCAGCCCAUAUCCUAGCCUGUUGGUCUGUGAAUUAACACUAUUACAUCAGUUUUGAUAUAACUCCUGCAUUUCAAAUUCCUUCUCCAGAGUGGAUGUGUUAGCACCCUGCAGCCUUUCUUGUUACACAAUCCCGUUUCAACCAGAAAAUUAGGGUCAUCUCUCUCCUGAUGAUCUGGCAUUUUCUAAUUUUUCAGAAAAUGACUUUCUAUGAGAGGGAGGCAGUGCUUUCUAUUUUCUUUUCCUUUUAAUACAAAUGAAGAAGAAAAAGAGAGUCUCUAACAUGGGACUGUACUGGUGGAACAGCUCAUGGUUCAUCUUGCACCUUGCAGCCUAGCUCUGAUGCUUUUCUCCUGGCAUCCGCAGCAAAGCACAGAAAGGCCAGAAGAAAGAACUGCCCUUACACUCAAUUGCAAUGCUCAGUGCAAGCGGAGUCCAAAAUGUAGCUGUCAAGUGAUUUUCUGUGCAUGUGUGGCCUGAAAGAUAUUUGGGACAACAUUUGUCACAAACCAGUUUUACAAAGAAAAUAUAUCUCUAAUGGUAGGGCAAGACCUUCAUGUACCAGUUUCCUUUGCUCCCCCAGCCCCUCAGUGACCAGCUUUGCUCUGAAACACUGAGAUCUUUCAUCUUCUGAAUGAAAUGACUUUAAUUAUUGUGAAUGUCUCUGUGGGGUGAUGCUACAGUUCCUUCUUUCAUAAUGUGCCCUGCCAGAUAUUAACAGCUGGUAUAAUUUGGCCCAGUUCCAUGGCCUACUACACAGUUCUGUUGAUUUACACUAGUUAGGAAAAUAUGGCUGUUUAAGUCCCAUAAAUAUUAUUAUUUUAAAAUAUUACACCAUUACCCCUGAGGGAAAAUGGCGAGCUAUCUUGAAAAGUAUUAUGUCGGUGGCUUUGUAGCAUUUAUUAAUUUGAAAAAAUAUCUGUGAUUUAAUAAAACAGUUUGGACUUAAUGCUAUUUCCAAAUCUGAGGAUUUAGACCUUGUGUGUAUCCAGCUGGCUUUGUAUUUUUUGAUUAAUUGUCCCCCAUCCUCCACCCCUUCCAGUUUUAUAUCAUUUAGGUUGCUCCCCGGGGUAGGCAAAUGACAUUCAUUAUAGAAAUCUCCCAUCAGUUGUUUAGUUUAGUUUGCAAAACAGAAAACAUCUUAAUCAUGCUAAAGCAGGUAGACCGUGAGUGUUUCGUAUGCAGCUACAAAAACCCUUGCUGAGAGAAAGGAGAGCAGGGAAAGGAAGCAAAACUCUGAAUACAAUUAUCACUUUCCUUUGUCAGGAAAGACACUAUAGACACUGUAAACUGUGUCACUGUAGACAACUAUCACUGCAGACAACCAUUAGGAUCCUGCAAGCAAGCUGGGCUUACAAUGCCCAGCUCUGCACUAUCCAGUUGGGGAAGAUGCAGUGAGGAGACUCUGUAGAUACUGUGGGAUGUGGGGAAUGAGGAAAAUUCAGCCCUGAGAUCAUUUGUCCUUAGUACCCUCACACCACCACAAAGGUUUGGCCCUCACAGCAUCAGGCAGAGCUUUGUGAGACACCGUUGCUGUGCUCCCAAGAGUCAAUUGGAGCCAGCACAGGCAUGACUUUGUCCUCUACACAUGGGAGAUAGAGCAGAAACAAGAUUUGGGAGAGGGAAAGAACAGGAAACUUAAAAUCCACCUGAGAUUAAUGACUUUAACAUGUACAACAUGUUUUGUUUUGUUUUGUUUUCCCCUCAGGGCCCAUUUCAUCAGUCAGACAGAGUUUGAUUAAAUAUCUCAGCAGAACCAUGGUUUAUUCAUCUAGGGCAAAAGUUACUGCCUGAUCAGGGAAGCAGCGUUAUCUUUGUUUUCUAAUUAUAAGAGCAACAAUAAUA